CUUCUCUUCUACUUCCUCUAGAUUUUCUUUUCUCAUAAUCAAUACUCGAUUCACUUCGUUUGCAGGCGGGAUAGCUGAAACUCAAAAGGCAGAAACGAAGUGCUGGUCAUUUCGCCCACCAAGAACGCCUAUCCCGUCUCAUCGGCACUUGCUAUUCGUUCGGAUCAAUCUCCGCUACUAACGAGAGCCUUGGCCGUCUAUAACCGUCGCACCGUCUCUUACACAGCGCCAUGGGACCGAAGCCCGGUCUGGCGCGUAGCCUUGUUCUAGCAUUCGGAAUUUUCAUCGGCUUACUCUGGCUGCUGCAAUCUUUCCAAUCCCAUGGAUCACUACGAGUACCAGCGGCACAUGGAGUGCGACCGUUGGGCGCCAGCAAAGCCUCACGAUCGGCAGAAGCUCAAGGUGUAGGUGCCGCCGCCACAAAACAUCACCAAAUAGGCGAAAGUUCAAGUGGCGGACGCCGCAUCACGAAAGCGACGAUGCUCUACGGUCCGGAGAACGAGCUCCUGGAGAGCGCCCUGAAGACUCACCAAGAGCACGGCGAGCGUUGGGGUUAUCCCGUGCAGGUGCUGCGGUAUCAAAUCGCGCGCGCACGAUGGAGCAAGCCAUCCUACCUGCUCUCAUUGCUGGUCCGAGAGCUCGCAAAGUCCCCAGAGGAAAGAACAGAAUGGAUCAUGUGGUUUGACGCCGACACCAUCCUCAUCAACCCAUCGAUCCCAGUCGACAUUUUCCUUCCGCCUCCCUUUCUCCCCUCCGCCGCAGACCUCGCUGCAUCCGCACCAUCAUGGUACUCCUCCGGCGGGCCGAAGGGCCCUCCCACCGACCCCUUUGCACACAUCCACCUCAUCGCAUCGCGCGACCAAAACAGCCUCACCACAGGCGUCUUUUUCAUCCGCGUCUCGGAAUGGUCCAUCCGGAUGCUGACCAAGGCCAUGGCGUUCCCCAUGUACGUGCAGAACGUCGAGCUCGGCAUCAACGCCGACCAGGUCGCCAUGGCAUACAUGCUCAACGACCCCGAGUUUCGUGCCGGCGCUGUCUACCAACCGCGCACUUGGUUCAAUGCCUACGAGCUACACGACGGCUUCGAAGGGAAACCCGGAGACAUGCUCGUCCAUUUCCCCGGCUUGGACGACGACCGCUGGCCCCACAUGGCUGCCUGGUUUGAGGGCAUCGCUCGAGAUAAAUCCCUACGCUGGAACGUUCCCCUCGACAAAACACCUUAUCUCGCAGAAACAAAGGCCUACUGGGACGAAUGGCUAGCGGCCCGAUCGGUCCGCUUCGCUGCCGAAGCACAGUUCAGGAGCGAUCCCCAGGGCGCGAGUACCGCGUUUAAUGACACCCUUGCGUAUCUCCGCUUCGCGCUGGACGAGAAGAUGGAUGAACCGCAUACGGUGCGCGAUGCACGAGUCAAGAUGGAGAUUGUGAUGACCACGGGUGGGCAGGAGAGUCAGCAACAGCAGCAGCAGCAGCAGCAGCAGCAGUGAACUGUGGAAACAAGAAGAGCAGGCCUUUUUCUUGAUUUUUCACAGACUUAUCUGUUCCUUUUCUGAAGUAUAUCUUGGCAUCAGCAUAUACAUUGUUUUUUCUUGUCUCAUCUAGCAGUGUCAUUUCUUUGCAUUUCAUUUCAUUUUCUUUGGAAAAAAAUUCAGCGGUCAACGUACGAGUUUAAAAAGGAGGUCAAUUAGCAUAGGGCAUGCAAGCAUUGUCUUAGCAUAGCGUUGAACAUUCUAUCGCCAGUCCAUCAAUCAAUCAUUCGAACAGAGCCGGAUUCAGGUACCUGGGAAAUUGUCAUUUCACACUGCAUAUGACUCUGACUGG